AUGGCAUACAACAGGCAAGCUCAGUACUUUUUUGCUCUUUCUGAUUUACAUCAAAACACAAGACAUAAUUUCGGGUGACAGAGAGUGGCUGGAGUCAUCAUUGGAAAAACUGAUGUCAAAAGCCAUCCAGACAGGAAAAGUAUUGGUUUUGACCAAUUCACUUUUGGCUUCACAAUCAAGGACUCGCCAGACUAUUUCAUUAAUGUCUCCUCGUGGGGCAAUGAUGAAUACAUCAAUGGGCUGUCUAACACUUUCAGCAUAGGAGACUGUGUUAUUAUAGAAAAUCCUUUAGUUGCUACCAAAGAUCCUGAGAAAGAGGACAGAUUCUGCCCCUCAACUUCCAGCUUCUACAGGUUGCUGGUAAGUGAAGCUCACUCCCAGCUAUCAAUAUGCUCUGACAUAGAAAUGACAAACAGGCUGCUGCCUCUGCUCCACCUGCCUGUGAAGAACUCCAGGGACUUCUACUCUCUGGGAGACAUCGUGGCCAACGGACAGAGCCUGGAUGGGAAUGUCAUUGACAUACUUGCUGCUGUUCAGUCGAUUGCAGAGCCAAAGUAUUUCACCCCAGCCGAUGGACACAAAGGGCAGAGUCUGGAAGUUACUUUUGAUGAUUCUGUCACAUCCUUUCCCUUAGUAUGCUGGGACAGAGAGGUGAUUCAGCUAGUUUAGACUAAUACCAACAGAAACAGGUUGGUAUACACCGUUACAGCCAGGAUUGGUUUAGACAGCUUCCGGAACUGCAUGACAGCUACAGUCAAUUCUAAAGCCAUAAUCACUGUCAACCCGGACACGAAGGAAGCCAGCCUUCUGUUCAGCUAUGCCAACGAGGUCUCUGAAUCUUUGGAUGAGGAUGACAGGCCUGAAAAGUAUGACUAUGUUGGCAAACUUCUGAAACCUGGAGAGGAACCCACCGAGUACACUGAGGUGGUCAAGGACAAAAAGGACUGA